AUGGUGAAGGCAGCUAAGGAAAUUCAAAUGGAGAGCCCAAGAGAGGCAGAGACUCACAGCACAGGGGCAGCGUGCUCCCCCUCGGAGGAACAGGCAGAAAAACCCUCCAUGCUCUGUUUUAAGAAGCGGAAGAAGUCCUGUAAUAAGGGGCUGACCGAGAAGGAUGCGUGCGAAGGAGCCUCAGAGGAGAAAAGCCAAUGCAUCAGCGCUGACCAAGGGGAGGCGAAAGUUCCUACUCAAUCGCGAUCCUCCAAAGGAGCCUGGGCAGCCAUCAAAAACCUCGCAAGACCUCGGAGAAGGCAGAAAUCCUCCUCGCGGAAGAAGGUGCCCUCCGAUUCCCAAGUGCAGCUGGAGAUGGAUGCUGAGGAUGGCUGUGCGCAAGGCUUCCCGAAGAAACGGGCGAGCUCUGGGGUGAAGAUGCCCUGUGUACGGUUCUCCAGAGGCAAGAAAAAACCCAGCCCCUCUGAAGCGGUGGAGGAGUCGGAGGACAGUGUUCAAGCAAACGAAGUGAUGGGCAUUUUGAAUAAAGCUAUUGAAGAGCCGGAGGAUUUGGCCCCGACGGACAAGUCCGAAUCCUUCAGCCCCCCAGCCUCUGCGGAGGAGGACCAGGAUACGGCGAAGGAAUGCGCCAGCUCUGUUGGGAAGAGUGAGCCCUUGACAGAGCCCACACCUGAUGCAGAGGAACAUGCGGAGCACACCGCUCAGUCGGAGAUAACCGAUUCAGAGACAGUUAAUGAAACAGCCCAGGAAAAACUGCAGGAGGGGAGCCUACCCCAAACCACAGUCCAUGUGGAAGGCGGGGAGGUUGCUCCCGAAGCGCCCGUUUCCAAGGAUCAACCCGACAGCUCCCCUGAAACCACUGAGCUGCAGGAAAUCCCUAAUACCUGCCAAGAGCUGCCUGAAGGGGAUGAAUCAGAAAAGAGCAUAAAUCUUCCUGAGGAGCUCAAAGCCGAAGAGGCUGUAAAGGAUUUCAGUCAGUCGGCGUUUAAAGAUGAUGCAGCGAGCAUGCAGGGCUGCUCCAGCCACCAGGUGACAUUAGAAGCACCCGUGGGCGCUGGCGUCAGCAUCGUCAUCACCGUCACCGAAGCUGAGGACUCUGACAACACCGACUCUGACCAGGCCUACGAGCCGUCCCCGGUUUUGCACCGAAAUAAGCAAAGAGGGAGUAAAAAAUCAAGCGGGAGCUUUGAUUUUGGUAAAAAAGAGGGCUCCGAGGCUGGCGGCGGUCCCCAGGCAGAGGAGAAGGGUCCGGGCGACCAGGGGCACAGAACUGGGGAGCAGUACGAAUUGCUCCUCAUAGAAACCGCGUCUUCCCUCGUGAAGGCGGCCAUUCAGUCGUCCAUAGAGCAGCUGGUCAACGAAAUGGCCCUGGAACAGAAUAAACACAACAGUUUUCUGUGA